AUGCUUCUUUCAAACUCUGCAAUUUAUUUUGAUGAGUCUAGCUUGAGUAUGCAAAUGAGCAACAAUACCAGUGUUGCUUUGAAUGUCUCCUAAUCCAGUUUACAAAACACUAUUGUUAAAUAAACUAGUAUGAUUUCUUGUUAAUCAGAAACUUAAGUUUACUUGAAAUCAGAAUCUAAGAAAAAUUUAAAACCUCUUCCCAAGCAAAAAUCCAGAAUCCGUAAAUCCAAAAAGGUUUCUGAUGAGAAAAUUGUCAGCAAAGAAUUUGAAUUCAAAGAGCUUGACAAGGAAGAGUUCAUUGAAGAAGCUAACAACAAUCUUCACUAUGACAAUAAAACCAUCAAUAUCAGCCAUCUUUUUGGUGAUAUUUCUCUUGGUGCAAUCACCAAGGACGCCAAUAACUUUGCUCAUUCCAGCAUCAAGUAGGGUUCUUCUAACAGCAUUAAGUCUGUUUUUUGCCAAAAUAAAAAGGUAGAUAAAAUAUAACUUUUGAAAUCUUAAUUCUCAAACCCAGUAAAAACACAAGACAACUGCUUCUUUGAAAGCUCCGAGUCUCUUGACAUCGAGGGCAAAAGUGAAGGAAAUUGUAACGGGACUUCAUCAACAAACAGCAGUAAUAAUUCAAAUAAUUUCUCUUUCUUAUAAAUUGAAUUCGAAUCUCUCUAAGAGACCUCAAGCAAUUUCUACUGCGCUGCCUAAGCUGUAGAAAACUGCCCUUCUACCUAGGAAGACAAACUAUAAAACAGCAAAAUAAGCUCUUAAUUAGUAUAGGCUCAAGAGCCCGUCAAUUAAAUCAUUAAUCACAUGAUCGAAACUGACAAUUUCAUUCAAUAAAACUACUCAUAAUACGACAUUUAUUCUGAAAGAAAGAGAAAUUUUGACAGCUAAGUCUAAAAUAUAAUCUAAAACCAAUCAAAAAAUGAUUCAACUCCUUUCUUUUACAUUAAAACAUUUGCUAACUACAAGUCAAAAAGUGUUGAAAACAAAGAAAUUGGCUACUCUAGAGAAUUGCUAAAUCUCUUAAAGUUGAAUAAAAACACCCAUGAAUUCAUAAACUUCGCAUUAAGAAACGACAUCCCUGAAAUAUUCGGUGUUAACUUCAAUUAAUUCCUCAGUUUAUAUUUCUUAGAAAAUUUAAUUAAUGGCUCUUCUACUCAAUACACAGACAAGUAAUUCUGUGACAACAUUCUCUCGUUUGACGAAAUCUAAAUUCCUGCUAAACUUAGCCUCCAAAAAAUAAAUAUUCCCUUCCAAAGUCAAGUAGAUCCUAACCUGCAAUUUAUUGAUAACUUUGUAACAAUAAUAAAAAUUUCUAUAGAUUCCUAAGUAAAAAGCUAAAUUGCAUCCCUCCGUUGUAAAUUACAAAAAAGAUAAUCUUUCCGCUACAGAACUCUUUUCCCAACAAUGCAAAAACGCAAAUAAAAAAUUGACAAAUUUUUCAAAAACUAACAAUCCUAAUUGAAAAUCAGUCAAUAUCUCUAUAUCCAAAAUUUUUUAGAAAAAUUCUACCCCAAGUAGCUCAAUAGAAUUGAAAACGAAUUAAACAUAAUUAAAAAUGAUCUUGAAGCCAACAAAUCAAACAAAACAGUUAUUAACAAUCUCCUCGAUCACAUCAUAAAGAUAUGA